AUGUUCGCAAAGUUGGAAUAUAUAUUUUCAAAGAAACUUCCUGCUGCAGCUGAUAUCACCAAGAUCAAGGACACCGAUCAAUCCAUUGACAAAACGACCAUCAACCCAGGCCUCCGUGCCUCCAGUGGAAUCUCCUUUUUUCAAGGAAACUCCUCCAUUCCCCGGAACGUGACGGGAUUCAAUUUCAUCUUUAGCCCUCGCGAUCGAAGGGACAGUUGUGAUUCCCAGACCAACUUAACCGAUUCUAGAGGCGGAGCCCAGUCACUUACUCCUCAUAAUGAGCGAUUGUUUCGGAAAAGCUCGCUAAACCAGAAGCAACCUGAGGCGGUACAAAAUUCAGUGGUUCGGCUCUCAGAUGCAACAGGCCCACAGCGCCAUCGAUGCGCGCGAUCCGUGCUUCUCUACAUGGUAUACCAAACUGGAAAAAUAACACUAACUCACAGGAAGCUGAGGCAAAUGAAACUCAUUGGGACUAUCAAACCUCUGCCGAACAAGAAUCCAGGAAUGUCGUUUCAUAUUUGUCAACGGAAGACACGUAUCAACCGCACACGCAAAUUGCAUGCUAUCUUCAGCAGAAACUCUCAUCUGGCUCACCCAACUUGCCCACCUGCCCCAUUUGGGCACACCGAAUAUGAAACCACUCGAUAUCAAAAAUUUAUGACUCUUGCCUCAUUCAACAUUAAUAAUAAUAAUAAUAAUAAUAAUAAUAAUAAUAAUAAUAAUAAUAAUAAUAAUAAUAAUAAUAAUAAUAAUAAUAAUAAUAAUAAUAAUAAUAAUAAUAAUAAUAAUAAUAAUAAUAAUAAUAAUAAUAAUAAUAAUAAUAAUAAUAAUAAUAAUAAUAAUAAUAAUAAUAAUAAUAAUAAUAAUAAUAAUAAUAAUAAUAAUAAUAAUAAUAAUAAUAAUAAUAAUAAUAAUAAUAAUAAUAAUAAUAAUAAUAAUAAUAAUAAUAAUAAUAAUAAUAAUAAUAAUAAUAAUAAUAAUAAUAAUAAUAAUAAUAAUAAUAAUAAUAAUAAUAAUAAUAAUAUAAUAAAUAAUAAUAAUAAUAAUAAUAAUAAUAAUAAUAAUAAUAAUAAUAAUAAUAAUAAUAAUCAUAAUAAUAAUAAUAAUAAUAAUAAUAAUAAUAAUAAUAAUAAUAAUAAUAAUAAUAAUAAUAAUAAUAAUAAUAAUAAU